UCUGCUGCGUGCCCCACAGAGGCUGCCUGUGCCAAGAAACAUGAUUGUGCAGCCUAGUGACCGGCCUCGGUGACGCUGACAACCUUCUGCUUCGAGCUAAUGAACGUGCUGUUUUGCUUCAGCCGUUUGAAGCUCGCAUGCUUGGUACUGAAAGCCCCAAGCGCCAGGGAAUUGGAGAGCCCAGCGUCUACCAUGCAGUUGUGGUGAUUUUCCUUGAGUUCUUUGCCUGGGGGUUGCUGACCACUCCUAUGUUAACGGUGUUGCACCAGACUUUUCCUCAGCACACGUUCUUGAUGAAUGGCUUGAUCCAUGGAGUCAAGGGUCUGCUGUCUUUUCUAAGUGCCCCACUGAUCGGUGCGCUCUCUGAUGUCUGGGGCAGGAAGUCCUUUCUUCUCCUCACUGUCUUCUUCACAUGUGCGCCAAUCCCUCUCAUGAAGAUCAGUCCCUGGUGGUAUUUUGCUGUCAUUUCCAUGUCUGGAGUCUUUGCUGUCACCUUCUCUGUGAUUUUUGCCUAUGUUGCUGACAUCACUCAGGAGCAUGAACGCAGCACGGCUUAUGGUUUGGUUUCAGCCACUUUUGCUGCCAGCCUGGUCACAAGUCCAGCAAUUGGUGCAUAUCUGUCCCGUGCCUACAGUGACACGCUGGUGGUGGUGCUGGCUUCAGGUGUUGCUUUGCUGGAUAUCGGUUUCAUUCUGCUGGCUGUCCCAGAGUCGCUGCCUGAAGAAAUGCGCCCUGUAUCCUGGGGAGCCCCUAUAUCUUGGGAACAGGCUGAUCCAUUUGCCUCACUCCGCAAAGUGGGCCAAGACUCCACGGUGCUUCUCAUAUGCAUCACCGUUUUCCUCUCUUACCUUCCUGAAGCUGGCCAGUACUCCAGCUUCUUCCUGUACCUGCGACAGGUCAUUGGAUUUUCCUCCGAGACUGUAGCAGCCUUCAUUGGGGUAGUGGGAAUCCUCUCUAUAUUGGCUCAGACAGUUGUGUUGGGAAUUCUCAUGCGGUCAAUAGGAAACAAGAAUACCAUCCUCUUGGGCUUAGGCUUCCAGAUCCUGCAGCUUGCCUGGUACGGCUUUGGAUCACAGCCUUGGAUGAUGUGGGCUGCAGGAGCGGUGGCUGCAAUGUCCAGUAUCACAUUUCCAGCCAUUAGUGCCAUGGUGUCCAGAAACGCAGACCCUGACCAGCAGGGUGUGGUCCAGGGGAUGAUUACCGGAAUUCGGGGCCUCUGUAAUGGGCUGGGGCCGGCGCUCUAUGGCUUUGUCUUCUACCUGUUCCACGUGGAGCUGAACGAAAUGGCUGAGGUGGAGACCUUGGGGAAAGCCACAAAGCCCAACAUGGCCAACCCCACUGAUGAGAGUAGCAUCAUCCCAGGGCCCCCUUUCCUCUUUGGAGCCUGCUCUGUCCUGCUGUCGCUCCUAGUGGCCUUGUUCAUCCCAGAACACAACCUUGCGUUGAGAUCAGGCAGCCACAAGAAACACAGCAACGGGGCCCAGACCCACACCCACAGCCCGCAGGCUGGAGGAUCAGAUGGCAAGGAGCCCCUCCUAGAGGACAGUAGCGUAUGAGGGUGGGAGGGAAGAACUUGAUUCACUCACAUUUCAACUCCAAACCAAGGGUGGACUGUACCAGUUGGAGAGUGGAGGGGAAGGAGGUAACAGACUGUGUACCACUAGCAGCGACUGAAAGGGGAGACUGGCGUCCCUCCCAAGCCAGAUGCAUCCAGCUGGUGCAACAGGAAAAAAAAGAAAAGGAAUUGUACCAUCUGGUGCUGAUGAAGGAGGGAGAAGUUGGACUGUGCCAUGCAAAGGGAUAGUUCUUCAAACGCCAACCUAUGUGAAUAGUGAACUUUAUGGUGUAACCUGCCAAAUAUUCAACUUGCCAGUGGAAUAAGUGAGGAGCUAGAAUUCUACCCUGCUCUUUAAUAUAAACUAAAUGAUCCAACCGCCAGAGUAAAACCAACGCCUCUGUUACGUGCCCCGUUCCCUUUUAUAUAAUCAGAAGUAGCUACUGGCCCCAUCAUGGCUUGAUCAGCUAAACCACUUCAGGCUGAGGGCGGGAGGAGGGUAGGAAGCCUAAUCCAAUGCUGUACACUCGCCUCAUGCUGAGGAUACAGAGUGGUCUAAUACACUAAAUAGAGAGCAGUGUGUGCGUGUGUGUUGAAUAGGCCAUGCGGCCUCUGGUCGAGGUAGGUCUGAUGAAUUGGCCCAUUCCAGCCUAUGAGAAACAGACUGAAAAAGGAAUAUUUUAGUAAUGUCCUGAAGGAAGGGACAAAACAUGGAAAUAGUUGCACGUGACGCUGCCUGUAGGUCAAAUAGGACAGGCUGAGAGGUGAAAGGGCAGUUGUGUCAGUUAAAAGGGGAUAGAUGGUCAAGCAUUAGCUUGUUUUGUUACAGCUGGACUGUUACAUAGUAGAGGCUUGUUGUGUGUGGUACCCUCUUCUUGAGGGGGAUUGAGGCAGCUCAAAAGAA